AUGGGCUUUGGAAAGUUCUUACCCUUCCUGGCUCUUGGCAUCUUGGUCCUGUACCAGGUGGACAUGCUCGAGGCAGCACCACUCAGGUCUGUCAUGAAGAGAGAUGAAUUCCUGGAUAGUCUGAUGAGGGAGGUUCUGAAGAACAUGGCCAGUGAUCAGGAGCAGGCAGAAAUGGAUUCCAGCGCUGCGACCCUUAAGAAAGGCUGCAACACAGGCACCUGCUUGACCAAUAAGCUCGCUGUGAUGCUGAACAAGUCCAAAACUGGUGGCUGGAACAGGCUGCUGCCCCCUACCCUGUUCCACCAUGGCUAA